AGAUGGCGGACAAUUUCAGCUUCUUCAGUGGUGGUAAAGCAGCAAAAAUCCUGACAUUAACCAUAGUUUUAGCUCGAGUUUAAGACGCUAGUGGCUCGGAUAAAUUAUAUAAGGAUAUUUAGCAUCUACGUACAUUCUUCGUAACAGGUGCAUUUGGGAAAGGUAUACUUUUUUGCAAAUAAGAGACUCAGACUGCCAAACAGGGAGAUGACAGGACGUUUAGUUGACGCCAGAAGCACAUUAGAAGACUUACUUAAACAACUUGCAGACAAACAGGACACUUUAAGUCCACCAUUAAAUGAGGAUGUGAAAGAUCCAGACAGAACAUCAACUAGUCAGCCAUCAACACCACGUAAAAGAAGCUCGUCUUCAGGAAACAGAACACCAAGGAAGAGGAGUAAACGAGAAAAUCCACCACAAGACACUGAAAAUCAGGUGACCUUACCAGCUCAAAAAACCUACAUUCACGAGCUACGAGGCCGCAGUGUGGACUUUGCAAAGUUUAAUAAGGACACUUCGCUGUAUGUUUUGGCUCGUGCAUGGAUGAAAAACAAACCUCAUGAGGCAGAAGAAAAGCCGCUACCUGAGUUCCCAAGUUCAUUGGAACUUAGUAGAAGCUCAGAUGUUGUAAACAGUCUUCCGCCACCAGUUGGUGAGUGUAGACCAUAUUCCGAUCAGAUUCCUCAAUUUCGCAAUGAAAUAUGGGAUGCUAAUGACUUUCAUGAGGGGGAUGGUCCAGGUGCAUCAGAUCUGCUUAGUCAACACAUGUCAAGAUGGAAGGACGUCAGACGAAGGUGGAAAGAUGCAUCUCAUAGUAAUCAACGACGUUAUACGACAAGUAUUCAAAUAAUUAGAAAGCAUUUCAAAGAAUAAUAAACAAGAGCUAGUCUUAUACUCCCGCGCGCAGUGGCGCGGAUCCAGGGUAAGUCAGAAUAAAUUACUCCAGCUCUAACUUGCAAUCAUAUUGGUAGAUUUUUAUGUCAAAAUAUGCUUUAGAAAAAAGUUACCAAUACCGUUAAUAAGGUAUUUUGGAUUCAAAAUUAGGCCAUGAAAUUUAUUCUGAUUUACCCUGAAUCCGCGGAAGUUCAGCGGAAACUUGUCCGAUACAUUUUUUACCAAAUAUAUACAAAUAUGACGCAAUGCUUUUAUAAUUGUAUUGCAGGAACGUUUAGUAUAUAUAUAGGACUGCAAACUGUGUCAUUUCACAUCACAAGUGAUGCUCCCUAUAUUGAACUCCUGCACGGCAAGAUUUUAUAAAUUUCGAAAGAAAACUUGUAGCUAAUAUAAAGUUGUUAAUAAAAUACAGAAACACGUAUCACUGAAGCAAAAAUGCAUUUAGAACUAGUUUUGAGAUUUUGAUGUUUCGACAUCGAAAAUUUACAUGAGCAGAAUGUGCCGGCAUCAUGAUUGCAAAGCUGAAGGCGGUAUUUCUUGCCGCGAUAAUGAUUAUAUGAUUCGUGAAUUGUAGCAGGUAUAUAUGUGGUUUGACAGCUACAUAGCUCCACACAUGCUAAUAUCAGAAAGAUCUUGUUUUACAUGUCAUUAUAUAUAUUGGAUUGUAUGUACAUAUAUGCAUGUACUACUGUACUCUGUUGGAUAAAAACGUGCGAUCAUGGCAAGUUACCGAAGAGAUAUUAAGGAAAUUCCAAUCUGUUGUUGUACUUGCGAAAGCAGCAGGUGAGAGUUAGGUACUUCUACGCUGCUCUUGUAAAUAAUGCUAUCCACAGUAGUGUCACUAGUGUGCUGUCGUUGCGGGCAAAUACAGCCGCUUCGACACCAAGUCAAUAAACCGCAUUAGAAAGACUCAAACCUGAAAAAAUAACGUAACUAACA